AUGCCGCUGAAAGCCACCCCUAAAGCGACGCCACGCACUCGAGGUACUCUGGCACCAAUCUCCGAAUUCCUCAAGGGCUCGCCCGUCACCACGCCAGAGCCGCGGCCAAGAUCCGUCUCCAAGGUCGUAGACGAGUUCGAUGACAUAGAAGAGAUCAGCGAGACGGACUACACCCAGGACGAGCUGCGCAAGUCUGCUAAGCGCAGGUCCGACCGAGCGCUCAAGCGUCUGUCGUCCAACGCACCUUCCUCGUCCCGCGCUGCGCCGUCUAGCUUGCAGACACCCAGUGACACCCUCGAGCCGGAGCAUAUCGACCUCGUUGGGUCUUCAUCACCCGUCCGGCGCUCUCCAAGUAAACACCCAGCGCUGUCGUCGUCUGCGACUACUUCGACCACCAAACCUUCCUCAGCAAGGACUUCCCAGUCCAACUCAUCCUCAGGCAGAACCAGGUCGCCCAGCCCUCCAAUACGACGGACGCGUCGGCGCAUAGUGGCGAGUGAAGGCAUCGACGAUGACGAUGAUGCUCCACUCUUGCGGUCGACCUCCAAGCGUACCUUGCCGUCCAAGCCCUCGAGCCCGAGCAAGGACUUGGUGCAAGACAGCGAUGCUGACGAUGAGGAGCCAGCUCCAGUGGUGCGGAAGGGGAAGGGCAAGAGCCCUGCCGACCCAGACGAGGAGGACUACGGUGACUUUAACGACGACAUCACGUCCAUCGCGCCUGCGGGCGCAGACUCACCCAACAACUACGACGAUGGGUGGGACGACGACAUGGCGGACAUGACCGACUUGGGCAACUUGCAUUACGAGCCGAUUGACAUUCCAGAUUUCGAGAUGCUGCCGAGCACACAGGCGCGGCGCAGCCGUACGCCAACCCCUCCAAUAUACAUAAGCGACGACGAGUCGCCGCAGGCGAAGAAGGGGCAGCUCUCUGGCGCAGCGGCGAGAGCUGCCGCGCUCAACGCCUCGUACUCACCACCAAGGAAGGAACUUGGAGGCCUGACACUGAUCAGCGAGCUCUCUCCGCAGUUGCAGGAGUUCUACCUGAACCACUUCCGCCGCGGCGCGAACGAGGACGACUCGGAUGACGACCCAGACGCAUUCGGUGUCGCCGCCGUGGUGCCGAAGCGGGCACCGGCGGGCGGCCGGGGACGCGGUCGGGGAGGAUGGCGCGGCCGGGGCGUGAAGCGUGGCGGGUAUGCACGUCGCAAGAAGUAG